UAGUAUCCUGCUGGCCACUGCGACUGACGAUUACAGCACCCAAUCAGGAAGCUUCUUGACAGGUACACAGCAGCAGUGAGUGACGUGUGUCUGCAGGAAGAGGUAACAGGACAAGAUGCCUUUUUUGGUCACUGUAUAUUGUUACAUAUGAAGAAGAAUUUAUGAUGAAAAGUCAGGAGUUUUUCUGUAUGAGGGCCGGAAUAUAUGUUUUGCGAUUGGAAUUGAAGAUACAGUAAAAGGGACGCAUAUUGAGAGACCAUGGAGAAAACCGUCGUCCCUGCAGUGGUGAUAGAUAAACUGGUAGCCACCACUGUGGAAACACCUGCAGAUCAUUACUUUUCAUACAAGGAGAAUCUUAUUGGAUCUCUACUGGCCAUAUUUGGACAUCUUCUUAUCAGUAUUGCACUAAACCUGCAGAAAUAUACCCAUGUACGGUUGGCUGGCUCCAAAGACCCUCGUUCAUACUUCAAGACGAAGAUAUGGUGGCUUGGUCUCUUUCUGAUGAUAUUGGGAGAAAUAGCAGGGUUUUCAUCAUAUGCUUUUGCUCCUCUUUCUCUUAUUGUUCCCCUCAGUGCUGUCUCUCUCGUUGCUAGCUCAAUCAUAGGAAUUAUAUUUAUUAAAGAAAAAUGGAAACCAAAGGAAUUCCUGAGACGUUAUAUCUUGUCCUUUUUAGGCUGCGGGUUGGCUAUCAUUGGCACAUAUUUGCUGAUAACAUUUGGACCUAACAGCCAUGAGAAGAUGACUGGAGAAAAUAUUGUCAAACAUUUAGUGAGCUGGCCUUUUUUGCUGUACAUGCUUAUAGAAAUCCUGGCCUUUUGUUUCCUGCUCUAUUACUACAAACAGAAGAACGCUAAUUACAUGAUCAUCAUAUUACUGCUGGUUGCUUUGUUAGGCUCAACAACAGUUGUCACAGUAAAAGCAUUAGCUGGUAUGAUAAUUGUCUCCAUACAAGGCACCAUGCAGCUGGGAUAUCCCAUUUUCUACAUCAUGUUUGUAUGUAUGGUGGCCACUGCCAUUGCACAAGCAUCAUUUCUGAGCCAGGCAGCUCAGCUUUUUGAUUCUGCCCUACUUGCAAGUGUUAAUUAUAUCCUUUCUACCACACUAUCUAUCUCUGCAGGUGCAGUAUUUUACAUUGACUUUCGCAACGAAGAUGUUCUGCAUGUGUGUAUGUUUGCUUUAGGGUGCCUUAUAGCCGCCUUAGGUGUUUUCCUUAUUACUAGGAAUAGAAAGAAGACAAAAGCGUUUGAACCCUAUGUUGCCAUUAAUUCCAUGCCAGGGGUGAUUAACAUGCAUGAUAAUGGCAGUGCAAUUCAACCUGAUUUUGGAAGCUCAUUUUCCUAUGGAGCUCUACAAAGCAAUGACAGUUUAUCAGAAGUCUACACAAUGGCCACCCUUCCAGUUGUGUCAGAAGAAGCUUCAUCUGCACCACCUUACAAGAUACUGGAACAUGAUAAAAAUGAAUAGGCUUUAUUACUUAAGUGAAAAUGCUCAAGAAUUGUACAGUUGAAGCAUUGCUUUUAUUCUUCAUAUGCAUAAUUCCAACCAUAGUUUGUAUUUUACUUAUUUUUAUUUUUUCACGUGGCAAUUUGUGUUCUGUUUUGCUCUGCCGCUGUGGAUUAUUUAACAUGUACUUAUUGAUUAAAUCAAUUUGGAUUUAGUAGA